AGAUGAGUGCCACCCAAGACCCUGCCACUGUCCCUGUGGUAGCCACCCAGGUGAAACUGGGAGGCUGGAGCUGUCCAAGAGGGGGCAGUGGGUCUCUCCUUUCCCGCCGGCACCAGGAGCUCCACACCUUCCUCAACCUUCUGGAGGAUAGUUUCAUCCAGCAAUUCCUCUCCAGAGACCCCUGUUUCCAGAUCUCGGAUAAGUAUCUCCUGGCCAUGGUGCUGGUUUACUUCCAGCGUGCCAGCCUGCAGCUCAGCGAAUACACCCACAGCAACCUGUUCUUGGCACUGUACCUUGCAAAUGACAUGGAAGAGGACCUGGAGGACCCCAAGUGUGAGAUUUUCCCAUGGGCACUUGGUGAAGAUUGGCGUCCUUGGGUGGCAGACUUCUUGCACCAGAGGGACAAGCUGUGGGCCCGGAUGGGCUUCCGGGCUGCCGUGAGCCGUCAGUGCUGCGAGGAGGUCAUGGCAAAGGAGCCAUCCCACUGGGCCUGGACACGGGAGCGGCGCCCCCACCAUGGGGGCGCUCAGAGGGGCUGCCCAGAGGCCCCGGUCUCCCUGCCCCGGGGCCCUGGGCUCUCACCACCCCAUUGCUCCCUUUGUGGUUUGCCUCCGUGCCACCGCCGCCCCACGCCCCCCUUGCCUGUCUCAUUCAAGUGCUCCUCUCCAACCCCUGUGUGGCAUCACCCUUCCUCCCACACUUGUCUCUCAGUGGCCGAAGACCCCUGGGAUGGGGGCUUCAUCAUUGUCCUGCCCCCUCAGCUGCACCUGGAGCCAGGCACCUAUGCCCUCCAUAGUAAGCGGGAACAGGGGCUGUGGGCCGGGGGCAAGAAUGGGGAAUGGCAGGACGGGAGGAGGGGCACAUGGGCCCCCCUAGCUGUGUGA